CGCGCCGGCCGGGCCAGCAUGAUCGGCGUCAACAGCAUCCACAGCAGCGCUGGGCGGCUGCGCUCGCGCUCGCUGUGCUCCGUGCGCUACGGGCGCACCCACCGCGGCGCGGAGACCCUGUGCUACGGCUGGCCGCAGCGCUCGCGCAGUCUCAAGCCCGUGCUCUACACCGACCUGGUGGUCAGCCGCCUGCAGAGCCGCAAGAAGAAGAAGGCGGCCUUGUACAGCUCCAUCAAGAAUGAAAAGCUGCAGUGGGCCAUAGACGAGGAGGAGCUGAGACGCUCUCUGUCUGAGUUGGCCGACCCCAACCCCAAGGUCAUCAAGAGGGUCAGCGGGGGCAGUGGCAGCGGCUCCAGCCCUUUCCUGGACCUGACUCCUGAGCCUGGGGCUGCAGUCUACAAGCAUGGGGCCCUGGUGCGAAAGGUGCACGCAGACCCUGACUGCAGGAAGACACCUCGGGGCAAGCGGGGCUGGAAGAGCUUCCACGGGAUCCUCAAGGGCAUGAUCCUCUAUCUGCAGAAGGAGGAGUACCAGCCCGGGAAGGCCCUAUCAGAGGCAGAGCUAAAGAAUGCCAUCAGCAUCCACCAUGCACUGGCCACGCGCGCCAGCGACUACAGCAAGAGGCCCCAUGUCUUCUACUUGCGCACAGCAGACUGGCGGGUCUUCCUCUUUCAGGCCCCGAGCCUGGAGCAGAUGCAGUCCUGGAUCACUCGCAUCAAUGUGGUGGCUGCCAUGUUCUCUGCACCCCCCUUCCCAGCUGCUGUUAGCUCCCAGAGGAAGUUCAGCCGCCCUCUGUUGCCCAGUGCUGCCACCCGCCUCUCCCAGGAGGAGCAGGUGCGGACCCAUGAGGCCAAGCUGAAGGCCAUGGCAAGCGAGUUGCGGGAGCACCGGGCUGCGCAACUGGGCAGGAAGGCCCGGGGCAAGGAGGCUGAGGAGCAGCGGCAGAAGGAGGCCUAUCUGGAGUUUGAGAAAUCCCGCUACAGCACGUACGCAGCGCUGCUCCGCGUCAAGCUGAAGGCAGGCAGUGAGGAGCUGGAUGCAGUAGAGGCAGCGCUGGCCCAGGCCGGGAGCACAGCGGAUGGACUCCUCGGCCCUCCCUCCAGUCCCUCCCUGCAGGCCAACCCAGCCAGCCAGCCCCGGGCUCAGGGUCAUGGCUCAGAGCCUCGCACAGGGGCAAGCAGUGGGCGGUGGAAGCUCUGAGUUGAGGGUAGGCACAUGGGGGGGUUGGCGCCCACUGGGCACCUGCAUGACAUAGCCCUGCCUGAGCCCGGGCCGGCCUCGGGCCACCCGUGAGGGCCCCUCGGCCCAGGGCCCGACCGCGCCGGACGCGGUGUCCGGGGCAGGGCAGGGCUAGGGCGUGGGCCUCGGGAGCCUAGGUUAGGGGCCCCUCUGAGACCCCCAUUUUGUGAUAAUGUUUUGCACUUUUUCGUAUGGGGUGGGGAGGGCUGGAGUGGGAGGGGCCAGGGCCCCUUGGACUUUUGAUGCUUUUUGUUUUGUGGGGGAGGCCUGACGUUUCUGCUUUCUGCUGAGACCACCCCCACCCCGACACCAGCAAUCCCCCUCCAUCCUGGGGCCUGGCUCAGAUAGAGGCCAGGAGUCGGGGCUGAGCUGGUUUUCCCUCCUUCCUCCCUGAGGCUCACCCUCUCUCUUUCCAGAGGUGGAGGAAGGGUAUCCAUGCCUAGGCCCCCCUACACAGUCUGGGGACAGCAUGGCCUCACUCUCCCUCCGUCAGUGGGCCCUGCCCUUUGUACAGCCUCCACUCCCAUUAAAACUGCUCUGGACUUGCUG